AAUAUGCCAUAUUGUGUUGCUUUAGAAGAAUGAGAAGAGGUGGUCAUCUUCUUCUUAUUCAUAAGUAGAAGAUUUAGGUGAAAAAUGGCAUUAGCAGGCAAUAGUAUUAUGCUACAAACCAGAGCUCCUUUUCCUACAACUUUAAAAUCCUCAAAGUCUGCAUCAAAACUCAUCACUUUCCAACCAAAACUGCAAUCCCUCUCUCACUCUAACGUUGGACUAAGUGGAGUCUCUUCUAGUUCCAUAUCUGAUGAUAAAGUUGGGGUCCAACAAGGAUGGUCAGAGUUCGGUAGGAAGGUGAGCGGGGAAUGGGAUGGGUUUGGAGCGGACUUUAGUAGCCAAGGAAAACCAAUUGAACUUCCAGAAAAUGUGGUGCCUGAAGCUUAUAGAGAGUGGGAGGUUAAGGUUUUUGAUUGGCAGACUCAAUGCCCCAGUCUUGCUCAAUCACAAGAGUUCCAUUUUAUGUACAAGACGAUCAAAUUACUUCCGACUGUCGGAUGUGAAGCUGACGCUGCUACCAGACACAGCGUCGAUGAGAGAAUUGUUGGUGGAGGGGAUAGUGAAGUUUGUGGGUUUGCAUAUGAUGCCAGUGGGUGCUAUGUUGGUGUGUGGGCAAUGAGGGAUGAUGGUAUGGAGGUGGAGUAUUGUUUGAUGCAUCCUCAUGAUAAGGAGUCCCGUGUGAGGAUAAUAAAGUUUGUUGAUUCAAAGAUGAGAUUGAAGAAUAUAAGGGUUUUUGUGGAGCAGUGGUAUGGAGAAUUUAGAAAUGGCGAGCAGUUAGGUGGAUGUGCUAUGCGCGAUUCUGCAUUUGCGGCUACUGCUGCCCUGCAAGCUUCUCAAGUCGUAGGAGCUUGGGAGGGUCGCGCUAAAUCUGCAACUUUUGUUAACAUCAGCAAUUCGUUUGUGCAAGAACUAACAGGAGACAGCAUUCGCAACUCGGUAAGGGAUGAGCAUAGUCUUAUACUGCUUCCAAAACAACUGUGGUGUUCCCUUAAAGCAGGUUCACAUGGUGAAACCAUCUCGGAGGUGGGAUGGCUGUUUCAACCUCAAUUUUCUUUGACGUCAACAUGCAUUUUCUCAACUCAUGCGAACAAAAAGGACAUAUCCAUAGCAAUAGCAAGAGAAGAAAUUGUCGAUAAAGCUUAAGAAAAUGUAAUUUUUUUAGUUUGAUCUUACAAUGCAUGUGCUUAUGAUACUACUUGUAACCUUAUGUCUAUUCAGAAUAAUGUAUUAGUUUCCUAAACAAGUUACAAUCAAAAUCUGAUCUUCCAAAUUCCUCCAAGAA